GACAAAGGCGUGGCGAUGGAAGCGACGGCACUGAGCGUUGGCAAGUCCGUGCUGGAUGGAGCGCUUGGCUACGCCCAAUCCGCCCUUGCGGAGGAGGUGGCCUUGCAGCUCGGCAUUCAGCGCGAUCAUGAGUUCAUCAGGGACGAGCUUGAGAUGAUGCAGGCUUUCCUGAUGGCUGCACACGAGGAGCGAGAAGAGCACAAGGUGGUCAAGACCUGGGUGAAGCAAGUCCGCGACGUGUCCUACGACGUCGAGGACUCCCUUCAGGACUUCUCUGUUCGCCUAGGGAAGCCAUCUUGGUGGCGCGUCCCUCGCACGCUGCUUGACCGGCGCCAUGUGGCCAAGCAGAUGAAGGAGCUGAGAGCCAAGGUCGAGGAUGUCAGCCAAAGGAACGUGCGCUACCGCCUCAUCAAGGUCUCUGACACCAAGCCUGCUACCAACACCGGGCAAUCCAGUAUGGCUAGUGCAUCAUUGUCAGGCAUCGAGGAAGCAAGAAGGCAGCAGGACAACGCAAAAGUGGAUCUCAUUCGACUGAUCAGCAAGAAGGAUGAGGACCUUAGAGUCAUCGCUGUGUGGGGAACAAGUGGUGCUCUCGCGACGACAUGCCACCAUGCAAGUCCUGGGCAAGCUACCAAACUUGGCCAUCCUGGGCCUGCGGCGGAAUCCGUUCAAGGGUGAAGAGCUCUGUCUCACUUUCCGUCGGGAGGCAUUCCCGAGUCUGAUGGUGCUGGCGCUGUCUCUCCUAGAUAACCUCAAAUCGGUUGAGUUUGAAGAGGGAGGCACACCUAAGCUUGAGCUGCUGAAGUUUCGUGGUAGGUUCAUCGAAACCAACGCUGGGUUUUUUUCUGGGCUAGCAUCUCUCAAAAGCCUCAAGGAAUUCAUGCUGCCCAGCAACUACCCGUACAAGGAGGACAUUGUGGAAAACGUGCUGGCCCAGCUUGCCGCGAAUCGAAACGGACCCGUUUUGAAGAGGUAC